AUGAAUUCCCACUCCCAAGGAGUCUACAGCCAUGCUCUGUCCGGUCCAUCCGGAAAAGAAACCAUAUCUCUCGCCCUCGACAUUCUCCGUCCAUUCCUACCCACCUCACUAGCUCUCUACAGAAGACUACAAUUCGGACAAUUCUUCCCCGAGACACUCCUCCUCACCAACUUCCCCACUCUAGAUAUCCGCCUAGCCUCCAACAAAAAAGAUCAAUGGUACCUAACCUUCCUCGACCGCUCCUCGCGCCCAGAAACAGAACUCUGGAUUUUUUGCUCGUGGGAAGCAGAUCCCAUCCCCUCCACUCCAGGCCAAGAAGAGGUGCAAAAUGACCUGAUUAGAAAUCUCCUCCAAUGUAUCAAAAACCUCCCACUCCCGGAAUCUCGCCAUCAACAUGCUCUAGCUGCAGAAGCUGCGAUUCAAGCCAUUGAAGACGGUAUUGCUAGUACCAACGAUAAAGACACCUCGGGUCAGACGCAUGGGGAUUACAUUGCACAUCUCCAAAACCCAUUCAUUAUCCUCCUAGGUGCAGUUCACGAGAAGACGGCAGCGAUUGUCCAUCGUUUGGGCGCUAGUGAAUGGGGAGCUCCCAAUCACUUUUACAUCUUCUCCUCCCUUCCCGACUCGCUGCCAGCGUCGAGUCCCUUGCCAGAAGGUCUUCAAUGGGGACAUUUACAGCCGUCGGAUUUCGCGCUGGUGCGAUCUCGUACGCAGAUUCCGCGGCAGGAAAAGACACUUGCUAUUCUGCCUCAGCUUGCAAUUCGUAAUGCAAAGGGUGAGCCCGUGGCAUGGGCAUUUGUUGGUUUGGAUGGGGCUGUGACGACUUUGCAUGUUGAGCCUGAAUAUAGAGGGCAGGGCAUCGCCAAAGCUAUCACGGCGAAACUAUUCAGAGAAUACAUGCAAGGACUAUGGGAAGACGGCGUGAACAACAUGUCACACGCAUAUGUUCUUGUGGGCAACGAUGCAAGUUCAGCAGUCUGCACGAGCAUAGGUGGCAGGAGUGGGUGGAUAGUGGAGUGGAUCAGGGUGGAUUUGGAAAGGGUUUGA